GAAAAAACUUGCAAUGUUGGUAAAAAUGCAAAAUAUACACUGAAUCAGUAAGUAUUUAUCAGAUAUUGGGUUGAGACAUUCAAUUGUGCAUCAAUAACAUUAGUAAUCGACUUGCGUCUGUUACAAUAGGUCUCAAUAAAAAAAAACUCAAAACCGAUCAUAUCCCAUUAAGGAAACCGAAUAAUGAACCAACGAGUGGCCCGUAGCUCACUCUUCAGUCGUCGCCAUACAAUCAUACUUAGAUCCUAACUUGGUUUGUUCACAUUGUUCCACACACAAAGCCUUAAGUAGCCUCUCCUUGUGAGAAACUGUUGCAAUUUCGCCACUCGUGUGGGAAUGUGGGUUCAUUUUAAUAAGUAUUUAAGUGCUUAAAGGUAUAGCAUUAUGAGAACGUUUAUGGAAUGAUAUGGAUAUUAUUUGCAAUUCGGAUAAUUGUUUGUAAAUUGGUUGUUAUUAUGAGAAUGAAUUUGAAAUUCUGUCUAAAUAGGUUCUUAUAAAUAUUCGAAGAAUUAAAGAGAAGAAACAAGGAUAUCCUGAUUGCGGAUGCUGUACUAGUAAUUUAAAAUUGAAAUGUCUAAUGUUCGUAUGUAAGUAUGUAGAUACCGAAAUUGCUAUUUAGUGAUUUGCUUAAUGCAAACAACAAAGAAAAAAUAAAUACUAACUUAUUUAUUACGUUUUAAUAGAAAGCUGCAACUUGUAUUUGAACAGCGUACCAAUUGCACGCAAUUUCCAUUAUACAUACGAGUAUACGCAGCUUAGAUACAGUUCAUCAGGGUGGCUUUUUACUCUUACUAGUCUUAUUCCAUUUACACUACUUAUGUAACCAAGUGCAGCCAAUAUCGAUAACAUCGUAGAUGUUAACAGCUGAUACAAUAAAGUACCUCCUAAUCAUCGAAUUUUAAUACAGAAAUCCGAAUUCAAUAACAAAGUAUUAUAAUAACUUUUGAGCAGUCAAUUAGGCAGAACGUAUCGUCCAUCGAGAUAGCGCGAUGGUGGUCCAUUGUGCAAUGGCGCCCCGUGGCUCGGGCGCUGCCGUGGCGCAGCACAAUGUCUGCCGCACCAAGCAUAUCAGCAGUAACUAUAUCUUAAAGCUCAUUCGACUGUAUACCUUAUUUUCAUUAGCGCACAGUAUACAAUUAAUUAAUUUCUCAAAUAGAGUUACUAAAGAAAUUGGUAGCACGCGGUGCAGCUACUGUUAUUUCCUAUUUUCAUAACGUUGUGUUUAAUGCGGUCCACUGACCACUGGAGAGGCUGAACUUUGUGGGAAGUUGUUGUAGCCAAAAAUGUUCCUUUAUAAUAGACCGAGGAAUAAAUUUUGGCAUCAGCAUGAUAAAUUUAGCUUACCUACCGCUAAUGACAGAAUUUUAAGAUAUGGUUAAAAAGGUAUACCAACUGCUCUUACAGAACUAUUUUUCGGGUUAGUGUUCAAUUUUCUACCAGCGCCUGAUAACUUCCUACGCCCUUCCUAGGCUACCGUGCUUACCCUAAGAUGUUAUUAUUUAUUUCUACUACAAACCAGGUGCCAUGUCAGGUGUCGUACCGUCAUCAAAUUACCCUCAUCAUAACUCUUAAACAGUAGACGCAAUAUUAAUUUUAUGUUUACGUGUAAAAAAGUCGUUAAACACUUUAUGCGAUAGGCAAACCGUUAAUCAUUAUAAGAAAACGGCAGUCUUAUCACGUCGAUAUCGGUGCAAAGAUCGUGACAAAAAAUAAUGGCGCAGAGCAUUCCCGCGGCGACCUCCCAAGUCCCAGCAGCAAGUUCACACUAAAGUCAAAGAGUUGUGAUCGAGUCGAUAGAUAAGUGCGUUCUCACCUCCCCGCGGCCGCGAACCCGAAAGGGUUCGAAUAAUUGCGACAAUCAAUUUGAGGAGCCAUCGAGCAAUUUGUAUGGUAUUUGUGCGGGCUGUCACCCGCUGAUGCUAUCGAACGCCUCGGGGCGCCGUCAGUAGUGAAAUCCUUUCGAUUGUUACUUUCUCACACCUUACGCUUUCAUUUGUAAUCAUUUGCAAGUACAUAUUUAUUUUAUGAUUGUAAUAUAAUAUAUGUUUAAUUAGGAUGCAUCUAAUUAUCAUUACUAAAGCCGUCAUUCCAAUGUUUUUCUUUAUUAAAAUUUAAAUUUCACUAACUAUGUAGGUGUAACUAAAUACCUUAGUGGUUCUUAGUAAAAUUUCUAUUUUAUUAUUGUUUUCUAUAUUAGGUAAAACAAAGUUGCGACAACACUGUUAGAGAACUUCCCAGUAGUCCUGGGAAAGAGUAUUCCUACUAUGUAGACUAUGUAUACUCGUGCAUAUAUGUAUUUACCACCUUUAACCCUUUAAUAAAAUAUUUAAAACACUUUCCAAAUCCGUCUAACACUUAGCACUGCGGUUUACCAAGAAUUCCGGCGCUGCCAUAAUUUAUCUCAGCGUCCAUAAUAAGACGUAAACAUCACCUCCUUGCAAUAUGUCACACACAACAAAGGCUGUGGUAACGGUGCGCAUCAUUUGUCUGCUGGAGCUCUAUUAUUUAUGAUCUUCCGAAGAAGCAGGACAAAAACAGGGCUGAUGUUAAAUAUUUGCUUGAGACAAGAGGGGGCGAUAAUUCGAGGCUAUUAUGACGUCAUUUCACGCCCUUUGUGAGGUCGUCACGCCGUGUCAUCUGCUCCUCGAGACGCCUGCCUGCACUAUCUCUCGAUUAAAUCUAUUGUGUCAUUUUUUCAGUGGAAGCAAGUCAGAUGCGCCACCGACGAUGAUUUCGCUCCGUUCGCCUGUUGGCCCGGCUUCGCAGUAAAGCACUCGUGGAGCGAGCCUAUUGUCUCGUGGCCCUUUUACGAGCUCGGUUUUGUGACGCUGUUAUUGUUUGCGGUUGAUAAACAUCUCGCCACUAGCAUAAUGGAGCUCAUGAACAAGGAUUUGUUGAUGCAGACGAAAGAUUUAUUGUUGGGUCCAGUAAUAACAUUUAGACAGGAUCCGAAACUAGUUGCAGCCAUAGAUAAAUUGUUUAGCAGUAAACAUUUAUCUGCAAUUAAUCAGAAAGCAGGUGGAUUGCUGUUACCAGAGAAGAAACAUAAAUUUAGCGAGGUGCAACAAUUGUUGUCUCAGUCAACGAAUGACAUAGUUCGUGUUGAGAAGACACUAAAUAUAAUGGUUGAUGAAACUAUUCGAACUAAAAAAGCAAUUAUAAAGAAAGUUGAGGACAUUCUAGAAGGCAUUAAUAAAACAGCUGAGAGUUCAGAAACUCCUAAGCUUGUCAUCAGAAACCAACGUUUGUGGGGAAACUGCAUUUAUGAACUUGAUCGGGUUACUUUGAAAAGUUUUGCUGAAGCCAAAAAGACGACGCUGCUCUAUUCCAGCACUGAAGAUAAAAACAGAUUUAAUAGAAUAGUUUUUGUGCUUACAAAGGUUCACGAAUUACUUUCCAAAAAUCUUAUAGUAACUAGACGGGAACUAUUUUACCAAAAUGUAUGUAGACUACGUAACCAAGCCAACCUGGACGUGGCAGUUCGAGACGUGUGCUGCCUUCUAGAGUGUCCGCCAUGGGAUCUGGGCAUUGUGGCUACUUCCAAAGGACUCAUCGCCGGGCCUCUGACGAUACAUACCAGAGAUGGAAGUGUGGUCGAUUGUAUGGGUUCUAAUGGAGCCCUAAUUAUGCAAGAUGUAAAUGGAAUAAAGAAAUUUACCUCACCAGCGAAAUAUAUACUUGUGGUAGAGAAGGAUGCAGUAUUUCAAAAGUUGUUAGAUGAAGGCGCCUUAAUUAGAUUGGGGCCAGUUAUUAUCAUCACAGGCAAAGGCUACCCGGACGUCUGCACACGGCAGCUACUGUGUCGCUUAUGUUCAGAGUUGAGACUGCCGGCGCUGGCUCUGGUGGACGCAGACCCUCAUGGCAUCGAGAUUUUCCUUACCUAUAAAUACGGUUCUCUGGCUCAGUCUCAUUUGUCGUCUUCUCUGGCGUGCAGUUCGCUUUCACUGCUCGGGGCUCGCCAUCUGGAUGUCAUGACUCUGGCCUCGAAGGAAGCCCGGCUUGACCUUACCGAACUUGAUAAACGAAAAUUAGGGUCAUUGUUGAAAAGACCUUAUCUGGAUACUCCUUCUGGGUAUCUAAUUAAAAACGAGCUAAACGCAAUGCUGUCAAGCGGUGUAAAGGCAGAAAUAGAAGCCCUAGCACCCACCUCUGCUGCACUUUGUGAUGCAUAUUUACCAUCGAAGAUAAUUCAAGCGGAAUACUUGGGAUAGUUAGAAUAAACAAUGUACACCAAUGACGUUUUUCAAUCAAAAAUAAAAAUAAUAUAAAACUAAUCUAAAACAUAACGUCCUAGUGCCAUCUAGUAAACAUUAAAAGGUACUCUCAUUUUAUAACAAUAGGAAGUUAGACUCUUUGCUCUAGCGAUAAUGUUUAAUUUCAAAUACACCCUAUUCACUUCAUUGAACUUGUAAUAAAACUCAUGGGUCGCCCUCAGUCUGACUUGUUCAUAGAUAAAAUAAUAGAUGGUGCUGCCGUGCAAAACGUAAAAAGCGCCAUCUGGUGAUAAGAGCUGUAACUUAUUGUUAAGUUAGGGUGCGUGGG